CGAAACUCUUAACCUAAAAAACAUGAAAACACGUUGAAAAGAAGAAGAAGAAGCAUCUGAGGGAAAAGAAACGAUGAUCAUGAUGAUGAACUCAACAACACUGAAGGAAGAAGCAAGAGAGAAAGAAGAAAACGAAGAAGAAGAAAAAACAAUGGCAAUAUGGGAUUGUGGUAGUCCAUUAUAUGAUUCUUAUGAAUUGGUGUCUCUUGAUCAUAUCAUUGAUAGGCAUCUAAUGGCAUUCCCUUCUUCCAAUGGAUCAUCAAAGCACAUCAUCACCAGAUUCACUCAUCAUCAUCAUCAUCAUGAUAGGGUGCCACAAAAAUCCAAAGGGUCUGUCAUAAUCACAGGCAUGAACAAAAUUUCAGUGAAGAUGUUGAAGAAGAAGAGGAAGAACAAUGAAGAGAUCAAGGGAAAUAAUAAAACGAGAAGAGGCUUUGCUGGAUUUGUAGUAGGUUUGCUUUAUUCCUGGAAGAAAUAAGAACAUUGUGUGAUUUAAUUUCGACAUUAAUUAAGGAUGUAAAGUUUUUCUUACAUUCAAUGAGUUUCAUUGCAUCUGCAAGAACUGCUGUGGUGGUUUUCAUAUCUAAAUUUUUCUGCUUUAAUUUUCUUGC